AUGGCGAGUGAAGUGCACGAUCACCUCGCGCAAUCCGCCGCCUUUCUCGAAAUCCUCCACAGUCUAUUCGGACUGGUCAGAUCUCCGGUGACCGCAACUCUCCCUCAGGUCAGCUCCAGACUGUACGUCACCUGGGGAGUCCUCUACAGCUUCCCCGAAAUCCGGACGCAUUUCUUCGUCGUAUCUCUGGUGAUUGGCUGGUCGGUGACGGAGAUAAUCAGGUACGCGUUUUUCGGAUUCAAGGAGGCGUUGGGGUUUGCGCCGGCGUGGCUUCUUUGGCUGAGGUACAGCACGUUCCUGAUAUUGUACCCUGUGGGGAUCACUAGUGAACUAGGGUUGAUCUACUAUGCGCUGCCGUAUAUGAAGGAAACCGAGAAAUACAGCUUCAGAAUGCCGAAUAAAUUGAAUUUUUCGUUUGAUUAUUAUUACUUGGCAUUUUUGGCUGUAGGGAUUUAUGUUCCGUGUAGUCCUCAUCUGUAUGGGUAUAUGUUGGGGCAGAGGAAAAAAGCUCUCUCCAAGGCUAAAACUCAGUAGUGCAUUCGUGGUUCUGAGAAGAAUUUCUUUCUCAAAAUUUGUAGUUCGAAAGCGGAGUCUGUCGAAUUUUACGUGUGUUGUUCGUUUGGAAGUUAUUUUGUUUUUUUCGUGUUUUCGUGUAAUGUGAAAUCGAACUUUGUCGAUUAAGAAACUGAAUUUGAUCUUAAAGUUUUUAA